AUGGUGCUCGCCCCAGAUCUGUUUCUCGACUACUUGAACCGUCGGUACGGGGACCCGAACGCAAAGGCACGAGCACUGGAUCGACUUCGAUCGUUGAAGCAGAAGCCUGAUGAGAGUUUCGCCAGUUUCUUCCCAAAGUUCGAGAAAGAGCUUGCCGAUAGUGGCGGUGGCGAGUGGGCCGACGUGGUGCAAAUCAAUUACUUGGAAGGAGCAAUUAAUAAUAGGCUCAAGUCGAGUCUCGUCAGUGCCAUAGCCUCAAUUUCCACCAACGACAACAAGGCCGCGAGCAGAGGUCAAGAAAGGAGUAUGGUCGUUUAUCCGAACCGCUCGAGUCCCGACAAAGCCCCGUCACCCGGAUCGCCAACCACGUCGUCCCCGUCCGAUGAUCAGAUGGAUUGGGAACCCGAGCGCAAAUGUUACGAGUGCGGGAAGCUUGGCCAUCUUGCGGCCAAGUGUCCCGGGAAGGAGCGGCGGCAGCAGAGAGUCAAGGAGCGCGCAAAGGCUGAGGCGGAAUGGGCAACUCAGAAGGACGAGAUGGACUGUGAAGGCCUCUACGUAAAUUUCGGUAUCAAUCGAGAGUAUUUCACCACGGCCUUCGUUGACUGUGGUUGCCUGUGUUAUGGGACCAUCAGUGAGCGCCUUGCCCGCAAGCUUCACCUGCCGCGUAUUCCGAUUAAACCUCGAGCGUUGGAGCAGGUCAACACAUUCUCACCCGAGGCCAUCUGUGCCGUGACCUACUUCGACUUCGAUAUCGACGGGUACCAGAAGAAAAGAGCUUUUUUCUACGUUGUGCGAGACCAGACCGAUCCUGUGAUUCUGGGCAAGAAGUGGUUGAACCAGGAGGAUGUCACCUUGCGAUUAUCGCAGAACCUCUUGCAUAUCGGGACGCACGACCAUUGGGUGAAAGGCCGAGACCCGAAGGAGGAGGAACGGUGCAACAUACGAGGACAGGCGGCGUUCGUGUUCGCCGGAAUGGUUCGCCGAGCAAGAAAGUUCAAGCAUCGAGACGAUGGAGUGCGGAUCUUCGCCGCAAGCCUGAAAGACAUUGAGAAGGCAUUGACUCCGAGGAAGAAGUCAGACCCGAGAGAGAAGCUGCCCCGUCACUACCACGAGUACCUAUCCGUCUUCGACCGCGACCAAGCGGACCAACUCCCACCGCGUCAACCGCCGUGGGGACCAUUGUACGGCAUGUCACGAGAAGAGCUCAUUGUUCUGCGAAAGACUCUCACUGAGCUACUCGACAAGGGUUUCAUUCGAGCAAGUAGUUCUCCAGCGUCAGCACCAGUUUUGUUCAAAGACCGAUAUCCCUUGCCGUUGAUCGAGGAAACUUUGCGGUCGCUGUCCAAGGCCAAGUGGCUCACCAAACUUGACGUUAUCGCAGCAUUUCACAAGAUUCGCGUCGAGGAGGAGACGAGUGGAAGACAGCAUUCAGAACACCGUUACAUAAACCACACGUUGCGAGAUUUCCUCGACGAGUUCUGUUCCGCUUACAUUGACGACAUCUUGAUCUACUCGAGCGGUUCGCUCGCAGAUCAUCGCAACAAAGUCAGGCAGGUCCUUGCUCGACUGCGAGAUGCAGGCCUGCAGAUUGAUAUCGACAAGUGUGACUUUGAGGCAAAGAGUGUCAAGUACCUGGGCUUCAUCGUCGAAGCGGGAAAGAAGGAUGCGGUGUUUGCGUGGUCGAAGGAGUGCGACAAGGCCUUCGAGGAGUUGAAGGCUCUUCUGACCAGUGCGCCGGUCCUUGCGCAAUGGGAUCCGGAUAGAGAGACGAUUGUGGAGACGGAUUCAUCCGGUUAUGUCACAGGAGGGGCGCUCUCGCAAAAGGGCGAUGACGGCAUCAUGCGGCCUGUGGCCUUCUUCUCAAAGAAAAACGCACCGGCGGAGUGCAACUACCCAAUCCACGAUAAAGAGCUGCUGGCGAUCAUUCGCUGCCUUGAGCAUUGGGACGCCGAAUUGAGGAGUGUGAAGUCCUUUACCGUUUUGACGGAUCAUCUCAACCUCCGUUACUUCACCAAGAAGCAGCAACUGAGUGAACGUCAGGCGCGAUGGGCUGAGACGCUAUCGCGGUACAGCUUCACCAUCAAGCAUCGACCGGGCAAAGAAGCCGUCGUACCGGACACGCUGUCUCGACGAGAACAGGACAUGCCGCACAGCGCCGAAGAUGAUCGGUUGCAAGGACGACGUGUUCAGCUGCUGCAACGUAACAAGGGUGGCCUGGUGACAAAAGUCAAGAGCGGUUAUGUCACCAAGGGCGACACGGAUCAACCCGAUGACGCAACAACUGACCAAGACGACUCAAUCGAAAACCCUUUCUCGGACCCGGAACUGCAGAAGUUAUGGGACGAAGGUGUCAAGAAGCACAAUCGUUAUUGGCUCAUCCGAAAGGCCGUACAGCAAGGCGAGAGGCGUCUGCCGUCGCAUUGGGGACUGCCCGUGAUGCUCUCGGAAUGCUCGAUUGACGAUGGACAGCGGCUCUGCUGGCGAGAGCGAAUUUGGACUGUCAAAAGUGUCGUUCUUGAGUCAUUGAAGGACAUCACGGCCGAGACGACGGCCAGAGCAUUGCUACGGAACGUGGUGCAACACCAUGGCGUGCCGCGCGCGAUCGUCACUGACCGUGGCACGCAAUUCACCAGUAGACUAUGGCAGAGGCUCUGCGAGCUGCUACGCGUGAAGCAAAGAUUGUCUACGGCGUGGCAUCCCGAGACUGACGGUGCAACAGAAAGGGCGAAUCAGGAAGUCGAGAGAUAUCUGAGGAUCUUUGCUGCUUAUGCUCAGGAUAACUGGGAAGAGCUGUUGCCAGCGGCCAUGAUGGCCAUCAACAAUCACAACUCGACGUCGACAGGCCUGAGCCCGUUCUUUAUCACGCAUGGGUAUCAUGUUGACCCGAUACAAGUCAAGGAGAAGUUACGGACGGACGGAAGGUCCCCAGUGACCAGGGCUGAAAGCAUUGUGCAACGAUUUCGAGAGGCAACGGAAUGGGCCCAGGCGGCAAUUGCGUCAGCGCAAGAGCAGCAAGAGAAGAACGCCAAUUCGCGAAGACAGCCGUCAGACCAGUUCAAGCCUGGAGACAAGGUAUGGCUGCGACUUCGCAACAUCCGAUCCAAUCGGCCAUCCAAGAAGCUCGAUUGGCUGUCGGCCAAGUACACCGUCCUGGAGACCAUUGGGUCACACGCGUGCAGGCUGGACACGCCUCCGGGAAUACACAACGUGUUCCACACGUCGGAUGACUACCGCCCACCGGCCAUUUUGACGGACGAUGGCGAGCUGUGGGAAGUGGAAGAGAUUCUGGACAGGAAGAAAGUCGGGAGAGAGUGGAAAGUGUUGGUGAAAUGGCACUGGCUAGGUAUGAAGAAGUUCAUGGGAAAGUUGGAUCGAAACCACCCCAAUCGAAACGAUCGAAACGGGGAGGAAGGAGGGGUUAUUGUAACGGGCUGA